UGGGAGGACUACGCCAUUCUGUUUCCAGGCCGCGUGGACCACAUCUUGUUAGACUCUGACAUCCAACUGUGGUGUCUUGGUUACCAUGGCAAAUAAUUGCAAUUAUUUUCGGUCUCCCGUCGGCCAUAUGAGAGGUUAUCAGGUGACCACGGAUCAGCCUUCACGGAUGUGUCCGCUAACUGUUCAAAGUUGGGACCCAGGAUGGACCACUGCUCUUUGCAUCUGUUGGUGGUCUCUGCGCUGCUGGCUUGUCUCUCAAGAGUAUCCCCUGCUAGUGGAUGGACUGGUCUGGACCCGGGGUGGACCACUCCCUAUGCAUCAGUCCGUGUCACUUCUCUGAGCCCCGACGUGUCUACAUGCAAGAGGAUACCCUGCUGGCCCCACUAUGGACUGGACUCUCACAUUAUUAACCGUAUCCACUCUGCAUCUGCUCUGGUCACCCAGGGGCGGGUCUACACAUCUGCGGUCCCGUCCAAGAGCCUCGCCAUGUCAGAUGGAGAGUUGAAUAUGUCUGCACGGAGCAGUGCAGGCAGCAGCUCCAGCCUCCCUGCGACCCCAGACGGAGAGGCCAGCCCAGCUAACAGUGUGUUAAGCUGGGCUGUCUCCUUUGAAAAUCUCCUGGAAGACCCCUGUGGCGUCAGCUAUUUUACUGCCUUUCUGAGAUCUGAGGUGAGUGUGGAGAACAUUUUAUUCUGGCAGUCAUGUGAAAAGUUCAGGAAGAUCUCAACCACGUCACUGGAGGAGCUAAAGGCAGAAGCUCGCUCCAUCUAUGAAACGUACUUGUCUGAGAAGGCUCCCUACUCGGUCAACAUUGAUGACACGGCCAAGACAGACAAAAAAGACUUGGAAGAACCCACGCCUGAGAUGUUUAACAAGGCUCAAGCACAGAUCUUUAAGUUGAUGAAGAUGGACAGCUACAGACGCUUUGUGCGCUCGUCCCUCUACCAGAGCUGCACCUUGGCAAGUGUCGAAGGCAAACGUUUACCUCAGCACUCCGCACAACCUUUCCGCACCAUAUCCUGGGAAGAUGUGGCCUCCAGAAGCCCAAAUUUAAGUGAUAAAAAGGUCAAGUCACACUGCAGCAGUUUUCCAGGUGGCAAGCUCUCCUUGGAUAAACAGCAACAGAAAAGAGGAUCCUGGGGAGAUAUGUCCCAAAGCAAUGUUUCCCCUUCUGUCAGAAAGGCUAUGAAGUCGAGCAGUAAUGUGGAGCUUGACUCCCUCUACAGGACGAUAGAGAAUGGCCAUGCAAGUCCUCGCUCCCCAGAGCAGGCUGGUGUCCUUGGAGGACGCUGUGGGAUGGAAGGUGGCUACUGCUGCGUCUACCUGCCUGAUGCUAGUGCCUCGCUGGUGCCAACGCGUAAUGGCGUGCCCAUCAGAGACAUGCUGUCUGGCCUUUGUGAGAAGAGAGGCUUCUCCUUGAAAGAUGUCAUCAUUUACCUGCAUGGCAAGGACAAACAACCAUUAUUAUUGGAUCAGGACUGCUCUGUGCUGAGAGAUCAGCAGGUCUUGCUUGAGCUUCGGGUGACGUUUGUGCUGGAAAAUGCCUUUACGGGUAAGACUGGGGGUAUAAUGGCGAAGUCCAGCAAGACACUGCAAGAUGCCCUGUCAACUGUCUUACAGAAACAUAGUCUAAAGCCUCACGAGGCCCACAUCACUAUUGUAGGAAGUGAUGAGGUUGUGAACAUGAACACUACUGUGUUCAGACUGGCCAAUAAGAUGCUACGGCUUGAAAAAGUCAAAGGAAAAGAUCAAAGCAACAUUCCCAGAGCUAGUGGAACUGCUGCAGCCACACAGGCAGGACCAGGUGGUCCAGAGGAACAGUUCUUGUCCCCUCAGACCAACAAGGUCAAGACUUCACCUAAGCCCAGUAAGAACCGCGACAUGGAUGGGCUCCUGGACUUGCUGUCGAGGGCACAGUGCUGCAGAGUCGAUGACCAGCGAGGUCUUCUCACAAGAGAACAGUUGGAGGUUCCUCUGUUCCUACAGCGUCCCCCAGACCAGGGACAGGACCUAGACUCAGAGGAGUCCAGCACAGACACACCAUCUACUGAACACUCCAAGGUUUCUGAGAACAUUAAGCCAUGUUCUAGUUUAAGUGACUCAGAACGCAAAGACUUAAGGGAAACAUCAGUCUGAAAGACUUUGAUAGUGUGUUGGAUAAAGAACAUGGACAACAUCCCCAACCACCAUUCAGUCUUGUCUGAAAAUAAAAUAUUUUUUACUGCACUUUUUAGUCACUAACAAAUAAGCUCUAUGGCAGAGUUCGCCAACACCUCUGCUACUAAAGUUUCAGGCACAAAGAAAGAAUUAAAAGACAUUAAGGAUACAUUUGAAAACACUACACUUAUAAGGAGUGUUUUCAAUAUGAAUAGUUUUAAUGUAGCCAAAAUGUUAAAAACAACCUAUAUCUUAGCAGUCAAGUCAAAAUGUUUUACUGGCCUUAAAGAUAGGCUGUAGUUAACCAAACUUUUAGUAGUUUUAAAUUUUGUUUGUCAAUGCUUACUUAUGCACUGUCACACAAAUAUCUGCACAGGACUGCCCCGUUUUUGAAGAAUUUUGCACAGUUUGAGCUUAUUGAAUGUUUUGUGGUGGUUUUUAGUAAUGUUUUCACAAUGUGUUGUUUUCUAAUAUUUCUGAUUUCUUCUUUCAGAGUGUAUUUUAUUUGCUGUAAUGGCAUUUUUCAAAAAUGCUGGAUGAGUCCUGCUUUGCUGUCACUUAAUUUCAGUUCACAUGAUUUGCUACUGUUGAGACUCAGGUUGUUGGUAUGAUUUUCAAAAUAGUUAAUCCACAAUUAAACAUUUUGUCAAAUGUGAUCCUUACCGACUUCUAGUUGUAUUUGGUACAUCGCACAUUAGGUAGAAUCUUGAAACAUGACUUUAUAUAACGUAACAUGUGUUGUAAAUAUAAUGUGACUGUUGUGUAUUCUGCUAGUGAUGAAAGCUGGGCAAGUGGAGCUGUGAUUGUCACCUCAUUGCUGUACUGCAUGCUUUAUCCCUUCAUGGGCUUUAUAAAUGUUGGCUUUGUAUUAGGAGAGUUGCAAAAACUGCAGAAUCAUAAGCGGGCUUUUGCAUAUGGAGUUUGAGUUGCUAAGCAUUGCAUUCAACCCUGUAACUACAAGUAGACUAUUUGCAGCAGAGUAAUAGGGAAAAUAGUUAUGUGCGUCAUUGUCGGUCUGUCACAUGCCCACCUCCUCCUGCCGAGAUGCUUACAUUAGCAUGCAGGAUCAUGAUGGGCAUACCAGGUGUCUGUACUUCUCUCACUCUGUGCGUGUGUCCAUCCAUCCAUCCAUCCAUUCAUGCAUGAAUGGUGCGUCGGCAGAGCGCUGAACGGGCACAGAGGGGUGUGCUCUCGCAGACUCCAUAGCGGCAGCAGUGACAUGAGGAACAUCUCCUCGGCUGGACGUCUGCACUGAGAGAGGGAGAAGAGGACGGAAAGAGUGCCCGAGUUUUCAAUCAGAAGUGAUCCUUCAGCUCUGAAGUCAGCCAUGGAGCAGAAAACCAACGAGUGCACAACCAGCACCUCUCCCCAGAAACACAUGAAGAACAGAUCCAAAUCUACAGAUGAGACACAACAGACCAAAAGGGCUUUUUCCUCACAAAAAUCUCUUCCAGGCAGACCACAGCUGGACAGAGUGAAGGAGUGCCUGGAUGGUUCGGAGACGCCAUCAUCCUCCACUGAGGAACUUAAGUGAUCAACCAAGCGAUGAAUGACGUCACCAACAUAAUCCUAUAAAUGUACAUUUGUAUACUUGGAACACUCAACAAGUAAGAUCACUAAGCAAACGCCAACAAUGUACUGUAGAAAGUAAAAAGAAAUGUGACAUGAUGUAACGUAUGUGCUUUCACGACCAUUGCAUGUAGAACAAAAGCAGUGUUUUUAGUGUUAACAUUCCAAUACAAUAAAGUGGUGAUAAUGA